UGACCUGUGGGAAUUAAUGGCGGUGUAGAUGUGAAACUAGGCACUACAUCGAGGAGCCAGUAGGCCCAUAUCUUGUUUAUUUUCUGCUCUUUCUUACAUCUUUUUCAUCGAGAGUCAGGGGGUGAAAUCAUUCAACACUAAUGUUCAAGUACCUUGUAAUGGGUUUGCGCGGAUUCUUCGUAUUGGCAGCUAAAAUAUGGAGUUUUGUGUGUUACUGUUUCCGACGACAGGUUCGCGCAGUGAUACAACAUCAGACGGUGAAGUACGAGAUGAUACCAUUGUCACCUCUGUCCAAACACAGAUUAAGUAUGUUAAAAAGGAAGGUUUUAGUGUUGGAUCUUGAUGAAACACUUAUACAUUCACAUCACGACGGUGUUCUAAGACAGACGGUGAAACCUGGGACACCUCCAGACUUUGUUCUAAAAGUUACAAUAGACCGACAUCCAGUCAGAUUCUUCGUGCAUAAAAGGCCACAUGUUGAUUAUUUUUUGGAAGUUGUCAGCCAGUGGUACGACCUGGUGGUCUUCACAGCCAGUAUGGAGAUUUACGGUGCGGCAGUCGCCGACAAGCUCGACAAUAACAGGGGGGUUUUACGUAGGAGAUACUAUAGACAACAUUGUAAUUUAGACUGUGGUAGCUACACAAAAGAUCUGUCCAAUAUAUGCCCCGACCUGUCAAGUAUCUUCAUUCUAGACAACUCUCCAGUAGCCUACAGAUCCUAUCCAAAUAACGCCAUCCCCAUCAAGUCCUGGUUCAGCGAUGCCACAGACACAGCACUUCUCUGCCUCCUGCCUAUGUUAGAUGCUCUCAGGUUUUGCAGCGACGUGCGCAGCGUCCUCAGUCGGAAUUUACAUCUACAGCGGGCGUGGUAGCAACGUCCAUUUCAUGCCCAUCCUUGUACAUAGCCACUGUUAGCACUGUCAUUGAUGUCGUUAUCAUCUAGGUCACCCACCAUCCUGCAGGAGAGUCGGUGUUGAUUCUAGGAACUGUUUUACCCCAGAGUGAAUCCCCUCCUGAUCUUCUCCAUACAAACUCAACCUGCUGUCCUGUGUUGGGUGAAGCCAUCUUCUGUUGUAGGAAGGUGAUAAGUCAUGUUUAUUCCGGACAAGACAGUAGUAUACAAACUCACUUUACACACCAGUCCUUCGUCAUUUAACCAUUUGUAGAAAUUCUUUGGAUACUUCAGACAUUGAGCAAGAUUGGAAUAAAAAUUAUUGGCAAGUUUUAACAAAGAAAUUAUAUAUACCGUAUUCGACGUAAUAAGCGCCCCGCUCUAAUAAGCGCCCACUUCGAUAUUUGCCAAUAUGUUGGCUAGUGAACAAUCCCAAUUAGCACCCUUCCGAUUGAUCAACGUACA